AAAUAAAUGUCACUCAUUCUCUUUCAAACAGCGGCAACAGCAAAACGCGAGGCACGAGUUCUAUUAUUUUCCCUUUGAAAUUAAUUAAAAAUAUCAAUAAUCAUGUUUGGUGGACAGCAACCAAUACUCGUGUUGAGUCAAAACACAAAAAGAGAAUCGGGCCGCAAAGUGCAGUUGGAGAAUAUUCAAGCCGGAAAGGCUAUUGCUGAUGUGAUACGCACAUGCUUGGGUCCCCAGGCCAUGCUUAAAAUGCUUAUGGAUCCAAUGGGCGGAAUCGUGAUGACCAACGAUGGCAAUGCAAUAUUGCGUGAAAUUACUGUGCAGCAUCCUGCGGCCAAGAGCAUGAUUGAGAUUGCUCGCACACAGGAUGAGGAGGUUGGUGAUGGUACCACCUCUGUAAUUGUCCUGGCUGGGGAGAUGCUAGCCGCUGCCGAACCAUUCCUGCAACAGCAAAUCCACCCAACAGUGAUAAUUCGUGCCUAUCGGGAAGCGCUCGAAGACAUUGUUAAUCAUUUGCAGUCUGAUUUGAGUGUCCAGUUGGAUGUCAAGGAUAAAGCUAAAAUGGCUGAUGUCGUUAAGGCCUGCGUUGGCACCAAAUUCAUAGGCAAGUGGUCUGAUAUGGCUGUUAAGAUUGCUUUGGAUGCUGUUGAGACUGUUACGUUGAAUGAGAAUGGACGAUUGGAGGUGGACAUUAAGCGCUAUGCAAAGGUGGAGAAGAUUCCCGGUGGUGCUAUCGAAGACUCCUGUGUGCUGAGGGGUGUUAUGCUCAACAAGGACGUGACCCAUCCCAAAAUGCGUCGCUACAUAGAGAAUCCACGCAUUGUGCUGUUGGAUUGCUCACUGGAAUACAAAAAGGGCGAGAGCCAGACAAACGUUGAAAUCAUUGGCGAACAGGACUUUACGCGCAUGCUGCAAAUAGAAGAAGAGUUUGUACAGCGCGUCUGUGCUGAUAUAAUUGCCGUCAAACCGGAUCUGGUGUUUACCGAAAAGGGUGUAUCUGAUCUGGCGCAGCAUUAUUUACUAAAGGCGGGCAUUACUGCUAUUCGUCGUCUACGCAAAACGGACAACUUGCGUAUUGCUCGCGCCUGCGGUGCUACCAUUGUAAACCGAACUGAGGAGCUGACGGAGAAGGAUGUCGGCACUGGUGCCGGACUAUUUGAGAUCAAGAAAAUUGGUGACGAGUAUUUCACGUUUGUCACACAAUGCAAGGAACCCAAGGCCUGCACCAUAUUGCUGCGAGGCGCCAGCAAGGACAUACUCAAUGAAACUGAGCGUAAUCUGCAGGAUGCUCUGCACGUGGCACGCAAUCUUGUCCUUGAGCCACGUCUUGUAGCUGGCGGUGGUGCUGUCGAAAUGGCAGCCUCCCAGCUGCUAACACGUAAGCAAGUAAAAGGACCCUACACUGCCGUAGCGCAUGCUUUAGAAAUUAUACCACGCACACUUGCCCAGAAUUGCGGCGCCAAUACUAUUCGCGCGUUGACCGCCCUGCGUGCCAAGCACGCCUCCCACACUGGCGCUGGAGUCUGUGCUUGGGGCAUUGAUGGCGAAUCUGGUGAAAUUGUUGACAUGAAUGAGAAAAACAUUUGGGAGCCACUUGCCGUCAAGUUGCAGACCUACAAAACUGCAGUGGAGACUGCUAUUCUUCUGCUGCGUAUCGAUGAUAUUGUAUCUGGAUCAAAGAAGCGUGGCGGCAACGAACCAACUAAUCCGGCAGCCAUGGCUCAGGGUCAUGAGUAGGCAAAGAACAACCAAUACAUGUGUAUUAAUAAUUCUUAAUAUUUUAAUACUUAAUUUAACACAAACAAAAUCAACACACACACACUACACAAAUGUCUAACAUUUCGCCAGCUCCUUCACAUACAAAAUUAUUGUUGCAUUUUCUCUCAUUAACAGUACACAAAUAAAUACGAUAAAACAAAAAUAAUUCAGAAA